GUGGAAUAAUGGCAUCAAACAGUCCCAGGGAGGCAGAGGAAGGGUAGGUAGGCCUCGUCUGCUCCUCCAGCACACACAGAGCGUGAUGUCAGCGCUAACAGUCCUGUUGUAAUUGACUUGGUGGGGGUGAUGGCGUCAUUUCAUGCCCUGCUGUAGCCUCCUGCUCUAAUAGCGAAAGGGAGACGGAUCUUUGGCCGACGCGACCGUGGCUCCCUUGGCCGGGAUCGAGCACCGCCGAGCCGGACACUUGACGCCGGGAAACAUGGAGGCUGCGGCCGAGCAGCUGCGGGCCGGCUCUCGGGUACCUGUCACUAUCGAUCAAAUAGUUAACGAUACACUGGUGGUGACGCUGACCUACCGAGAGAGGAGCUACACGGGGAUAUUACUCGACUGCAACAAAAAGUGAGUUUUAUUUCGUCGAUUAUUUUUAUGUUUUAAUUAACUUGCUAAACGUAGCUAACAGCUAAUUCAGCUUAGAUGCUAACAAGUCGAGGCUAGCUGUUAGCUUACUGGGCCUCCAGGUUAUUGUAGCUGACAGGGGAGCUAACUGCGAGCAUUUCUGCUAAUGGCAUUUUAUUGUAAGAAUAAACAGAAAUAAGUGUACUACAUUGAAACGUGAUUUAAGUGAAGGGCAUUGACUGUAUAUAAAGAUAUGGACUGGCCACAGAGAUGGAUAAUGACUUUUGUUGAACAAUAAGUAAUGUCAGUGGGUUCAUCUAUAGCUUAUUGUGUUAGCCUAAUCUCCUACACAGCAGCUGAAACGUAUUCAGUUAUAAGAAGAAGGCCUUGGCUAGACAUUAGUGUAUUUAUUUGUCACGUUUUGAUGUAUUUGCACACACAUAUGGCACUCUUGUGUCUGUCAGUUUUGUUGAGAGAUGAUUCAAUUAAAGGGGACUAAAAUACAAUAAGAAAAGCCUUGCAUAAGCAGCUAUCUCUAAUAUGUUGAAACAAUGGAUAAUGGCAAUAAAAACACAUGUAAAAUCCUAACUGUUGUGCAGUUGUUUUGCAUUAUUCCUGCAUCUAUUUCUGAUCAGAUCCACUGACAAGUCCAGGCUCUGUUUCUGACAAGAAAAGGCCUUCUUCUGCCAGAAAACUCAAAUGAUAAAACCUCACAUAUGUGUAUAAAAUGUAACAUGUUAUCAGUGUCAUGCCUUAUCUGCCCCUGCUGCUCUGUCACAUGUAUAAGCCUUGUGUGCACCUUAGAAGCUACUGGCUUUAGACUAUUUAUAGAUGAGCAGAAUCAGAAUCUGACCAGCUUUGCCCCUUAGUAUGCUUAGAUAGUUUUUCAUGUGAGAGCUGGCCUGAAAAUAACCCACCCAGAUGGGAAAAGGCAGGCCUCGGAAUAACCUGAAAUAGGCUUUUAUUUCAGGCCUUGUCACUGACAAAAUUUGACUUCUUCUUCCUUUCCAGCUCAUGGAAAAACACUUCCUGUCAUUGUCUCCCACAGGUCCUUUUUUAAUGUCAUCGUCUAGGCCUAUCAUUCAGGCGUAUCUCUGCAUCUAGUUACACUGUACACAACGUGCAAUGGCACCAGUGCAGUGAACGGCUGCUGCGUCCUUGUGCUGUUCUUAACUAGCACUGCUUGUUCCCUGUCACACACAGACCUGUUUGUGCCAUGUCAGUCACACUAAGGGUUGAUAUUCAGCUGCUUUAAGGGCACAUAUAAAAAGGUGAGAGGCACAAGCUGCACCAGGAGACUAUUAUUUAGAGGUGCCUGCCAGUUGCUCCUCCUGGGGAGGAAAUUGGACUCCCCAAAUGUGCUCUAAUUAAUAAUCUCCACACACAUAAGCCCUGAUCAGACACGGAUGCAAAAACAAACUGAAAUCUCCUGGCUCCUUCUCUACAUCUCUGAAUCCCGAGUGAUUCAUGGGAUUGUUUUUGUUCAGUCAGAUGUCAGGGAGGGGGGGUUCCUGGGCAUCCUGUAGUCUCUUUGUCUGCUGUCUCCUGACUAAAGCUACACAGCCGUGUUACUGUUGCCUGCCAGCCACCUCUCAAAGAGUCCUUGGCAGUUUGGGCCUUCUUUGGACAUGUUUGCAGGUCCUAGAGUGAAAAAAAGAAGACAUAAAACCACCCAGAUCGAGUCUGUGAUGCUGCAGCCACAUUUUUGUGGCCUGAAGCAAGCUGAACAGAUAACCUGCUGGCUGCUUUAAACCCCCAACCCCCACAUCUAAAGAAUUUUCAGCACACAGGUGACAGGGAGUGGUGCCCAGCUGAAGUAGCAAAAUGAUCCAAUAAGAACUCCAACAGCUUUGUGUGCUUUUUGUCCUCUUUUUUUUUUCUAAUUGAGACAAUGAGGUUUGAUUUGUGCUUUCCCUCAGGCCUUAAUCUGACAUGAUGAAAUAAUAGCUUCAUGUUACGGCAUCGCUAUUUGGAGGAAAUUGCUCAACUGAAAAUUUCAGAAAUGUUAGUCAUGUGGUUGUUUGUACUUUUAAUGAAACUCCAGUGAGACAAACAGUUUUUAAUUUACUGUUGUUUUUCUCUUUCCUCAGGACUGGGCUGUUCUGUCUACCAGAGUUUACAGUCAAACCUGAGGACUGCCUGAAAUCUAAACCGGCUUGUGAAAUCCCGGAAGUCCUGAGUGAGGAGCUGGUUUCCAAAUCUCCCAGCCAGGCUUCACACAGACCAAAGGAUGAAAACACGCUCCCUGAAAGCGGCGUACCUGCUGCUCCUCCUCCCUGCCCCGUCCCCACACCAGUGCCAGCUGGACAGACUCCAUACCCUCCUUAUUUUGAAGGAGCCCCCUUCCCUCAGCCCUUAUGGGUGCGCCACAGCUACAGCCAAUGGGUACCUCAGCCCCCGCCACGUCCAAUCAAGAGAAAGAAGAGGCGAACACGAGAGCCUGGCCGCAUGACCAUGAGCACGAUCCGUCUGCGGCCGCGGCAGGUACUGUGUGAAAAGUGCAAGAACACUUUGAACAGUGAUGAGGACAGCAAAGACGGCAUGAGCAACAACUCAAAGACUUCUAGAAAAGAGAAUUCACUACAGAGUGACGAUGAAGGGGAUGAUAAAGACACUCCUGCUAAGCUGUCCAGAAAAGAGGAUGUAGUAGCAUCAAAAGACACCAAGAGACGAGAAAAUGGCACCAGCCUGGACAGCAAGCGCCUCAAGAGGGACAAACGGGGGGAGGCAGACGGGGAGAAGUUCCCUGGUGGUGAUGUUAUCCCCCACAGUCCGGUCAUAAAGAUCUCUUACAGCACUCCACAGGGCAAGGGCGAGGUAAUGAAGAUCCCCUCCAGAGUUCACGGCUCAGUUAAGCCGUUUUGUCCCAAACAGCUGGUGCAGAAUGGCGUAGGAGAAAACGGCAAAACCUCGUCUGAUCCCACUAAGGAACAACGGCACAUUCUAGAUGCCACGAGGUCUGGCCUCACCGUGUCCAUUCCCAAACUCAAACUCACCCGGCCAUUCACAACAGUGGGUCAGGACUUACCCUCCCCAAAGAUCCGCUUGAGACCUUCUUCAAGGGAGGGAGAGGAGAGUGUGGUGGAGUAUGAGGCAGAACUUGUUGGGGGCACACGGAGGCGGAGCCCCAGGGUGCCAGGCCCGUGUCUACCCCACUCUGAGGACUCAGGGGAGGGAAAGAACUCUUUAGAGUUGUGGUCAGGGAGUUCAGGAGAGGAGGCAGAGCGUGGACACAGCGACCUCACUCUUCUAAUUAAUUUCCGCAAGCGCAAAGCCGAUUCUUCUAGUCUGUCGGUCUGCAGCAGUGACAGUUUAGACGAGUCCAAGUCCUUCAGCUCUGACGGCACCUCCCCAGAGCUGUGCGAUCUGGCCCCAGGUGAGGACCUGUCUGUGACGUCAUCAUCUGUUCCUUCACGGGACGAGUGCAAGACAGUCCCACCUCUCACAGUGCGGCUUCACACCCGCAGCAUGACAAAGUGUGUCACAGAGGAAGGCCACGCAGUGGCGGUGGGGGACAUCGUGUGGGGGAAGAUUCACGGCUUCCCUUGGUGGCCAGCACGCGUCCUCAGCAUCAGCGGCACUCGUAAGCAGGAGACGGCGAGCUGUGAGGCCCAGUGGCCCCAGGCCAAGGUGGCAUGGUUUGGAUCGCCUACCACCUCCCAGCUCUCUGUCGCCAAAUUGUCGCCCUUUCGAGAGCUCUUCAGAUCCCGCUUCAACAGGAAGAAGAAAGGGAUGUAUCGGAGAGCCAUCCUGGAGGCCGCCAAGGCCGUGGGUCACAUGAGUCCGGAGAUCACAUCGCUGCUUUCACACUGCGACACGUAGGUCAGUUCAUACAGUUGGUCAUGUCACAUCUACUGCCUUUUAUCAACACUGAAGGUUGAAAGUAGGGCUGGACUACUCAUGUUUAACACAAAACACUUUUCAUCUUACAACUGACAGAUUUUAUUCAUGUUCAUAUUUGGUAGUUAGCAGACCUGUUUAGCCCAUAUUUAAGUCCAACUAACCUCAUUACCUCUGUGAAGCAACAAAAUGCUGUCAGUUUGUCCUGAUGUCCUCGCAUGGGUCCAUUUAAAGAGAGGAAAAACAGCUUGUAAUCAUAAUGUGAUGUUAUAAGCUGAGGUUGAACCACUUCAUCUGUGGGAAAAUAAGGACAGCUGAGGUAGACAAAGAGCAGACGUUCAAUGACAUAUUAGCAGAGGGUGCACGCUUCUACACAUUACAUGUUUGUACAAUGAAUGAACAUUUUAGUUUAGUGAGCGGUCAUGAGAUUACUGAAGCACAUUAACUACAAAUGUAGUUAAUGAUCCUUGAAUUAUAUUCAUUCAAGGAUCCCACCUAGACAGCCUGCAUCAAACAGCAUACUGUUCUACAACAACAUCAUCAUCAAACAUGAACCACACCCUAUUUAUAACACACCAUAAUUACACUCAUAUACAUAUGACAAGGUUACUGAGUAGACACAAUGUACUUCAUUUGCAGGGACAUGUCAGGCGUGUAAGUAAAAAAAAAAACAAGUGCCAGUUUAUAUAGACACCUAAAAAAUCUGUUCUUACAUGUUUUGAUUUCACCAACAGUCACUUUAUAACUGUUUUCUUUAUUUGAUCACUAAAACAUGUGGAGACAAAACUUAUAAGUAACUUGCCAAGUGAUUCAUUCAUAUGAAACAGUAACACAUGCACUUGAUUCUGUCCUUAGAAACUAUCAGUUCCUGUAAGACUUAACAUUUCAACUUCAGUUUGGAUCUCGUAUAAUUACAUCUGAGUGAACAAAGAGAUCCGUCAUCUUGACUUUAAAUGAGGUUAAGUGAUGUUUAAUGUCUUCCAGAGCAAUCUGAAAACAUGAUCAAACCUCCAAGAUCCGUUUCAGAAACGUGUGCACAUGACACUCGGUCACUUUUAGGAGAAAUAAGCAGCAGAUUGGCAUAAGAAAUAUUACUGUACUAUUAUAGUACUGCUAGAGCUACAAAAGUGAAGAAUUUUUACCAUAAUAAGUUUAGAAGGCUAAAAAUUAAUCAGACAUCUUCAUUUUAAAUAUGUUUAUUUCUCAUUUCAUGAUCAUUUAGUGUGCUUUUGAUUUGCGCCCCGAUUUGCGAAAGUCUGUCCAAACUGAAUAAUGAUAGUGAUAGCUAUAAUUGUGAUCACUCAAGGUCGUAGUAUCAUUCCUCCCAGCCUUUCUCUUAGACUUUCAGUACGGCUAAUCUGAUGAUGUUCAUGACACAUUUUUGGGAAAUACGGCCAAAAGUUCUUCUGCUUGUUUAAACAAACACUUGUGGUUCUGCCAAACAAGCAACCACGGUUACAAGCGCAAAGGAGGUACUGUACUCAAAUCUGCAAAACAAACAUUAAUACCAGCUUUAAGGCAGGGACAGGCUGUACUGCUGACUGUAAACAGGAAGCGCUUGUGAAAACUGCUAAAUGACAGAAACUCACAGUUUUAAGUCCUGCAGCAAGUGCAUAAAAAUAGGUUUACAGUUAAUUCUUAAAGGGGAACUCUGUAUGUUUUUUGCCUGGGCUCAGUCCAAAAGCACAGUGGAUUGAAGCACAUACAAAUAGUAUGUCCAAAAAAGGGCUUUUUUUAACAUCCCAAAGACUGAUUGUUAUUCUUAGUGUCUGACAAUAUAAAAGAAGUGAUCUAAAUGAUCUUUUUUGUCAGUGAGGGAGAUGCUUUUUAAAAACAAGGAACAGACCAUCCAUCUCUCUUCAAAGUGACCAGACUCCAUUGAUAAAGUCACUGAUCCAACAAAACAAAGGACUUUCUGUCCCACUGCCCCUGGAUCCGUUUGUUUUUGUAAAUAUGUGACUUUUUGGUUUCCAGUGGUUACUUUGGAUCCUGAUAGAUUUGUUUCACAAUGCCAAAAAUAAGCCAACUGUGGCAGUGGUAGAACAGAGACUCCUGUUUUGUGCUAGUCCAAAUUACUGAUUGAUUUCAUGCAGUAUGAUGGCUUGAAGGAGGGGAGAUUUCAAAGCAUCUUUUCUUUUUUUCUGACACUUGUGUAACAAUCUGAAGCUGUGUCCACACACCAAACGGUAUCCUCUGGUCUUGAUGAAUGAAUCUCAUGCAGAAGUGCUUGAGGCUGACUGCAGAAGCACCAGAACCCACGUACACGCUUAGCCAAAAAAGCCCAUAUAUAGAACCAAAAUUUGUUUACACCCUGGGCCAUGAAAGCUCCGGCUCCCACUAAAGAGAGUCCAUUUUUCAUCACACAUUUGUUUCUAAGAUAUGAAGAUUACAGUAAGUAGCAGUGCUGACCUCACUGGAAGGCAAGCACACUGUGGCUAUUCACACAAAGACUUAACACCCAGCUCUGGUCUGAGACUGUGUUUUGACCCAUCUAGGGGUGACUAGGACAUAAGACGAAAGUGGACCCAUUUCACCCACUUCUCAAACAGCCACAUGAAAAACUUUCAGGGUUUUUUAACAAAAGAGUAAUUUAUUUACAAAAGACCAAAAAACAGGAUGAUUACAAAACCAAGACUGAUCACCUCCUCAGGGUUAGGUUAAAACAGAAUUUCCAAAAUGGCAACGCUACUAAUAGUCUUCAAAACGCUGCUUCAGAGAGCAAAUAAGUGACAACCCUAAAGCUUGUUUGAACUUCUGAAAAUUUCCCUAGAUAUUGCACGAGCUGCAUUUGUGAUGACAGAAGACGUCAAGCAGUGAGGAACAUUUGUAAAUAAGCAACUCUGGAAAAAUUCAGGGGCAGGCUGUUCUGAAAAAUGUUAGAAAAUGUCAGAAGUGCAUAAGUGUUUCAAACUUUGAGUAUUUUUAGAUAAGCAGCCAAAUUUUCCCCCUAAAGGAUUAUGUUUUAGCCAGCCAUGUUUUACAGCUGCUGUUGAGAGCAAUCUACUGGAGAAGGUUGUGUUUGACAUCAAAACCCUGAAAUAUGCAACAACGGUGUCGUAGUUAAAGUAUAAUCAGAGUAACUCUAAAGAGCUCACUGGCAGGUUGUCUAUGCCAAGUGCUCCUCUGGUUUUAGAUUGCAUUUUCUCAGUGUAGCCAAGCAGCAGGUCCUCAGCUCACUCUCAGAGGUUAAAUAUUGUCUUUGAGUGAUAUGUAAGACAGACAGGCUGCUCCCAGCUCCUUUGUUUACCCUGUAAUGGGGUCAGUCGCCAAGAAGAGGUUGCUUGUGGUUGAGAGUAUACAAAGCAGUGAGGGAUUGAGGGACCAGCCUAUAUUUGGUCUUUUUUUCCAGAGCUUUGUAAAAGAAGCGUGUUUCCUGCCCUGUCAGCUUCACAGAGGUUUUUGCUCGAAAGAAGCUGACAUUCACUUCACAGUGUCCAUAAUCUCCAGAUGACUAACACGACAUGCUGAGCCUUAAAAAGUCCCCACAGCGGAUGUAUGACCCCCAGUGUUUGCUCUUUGUCUUUACUCAGUGCUUUUUUUUUCUUCUUCUUCUCUUGUUCAGGAGCUGAGGACCGACUGGAGGACUGCUUUUUUUUCUGAAUUCUCAGACUCUGUCAUCAAGACCCGGGAGGGAGAACGUGAGGUUGCCACGGCUACAAUUUAUAUGCCGUUUUUUUUUUUUUUUUUUUCUUCCACAAGGCUGGUUGAAAAAUGGCCGCCACAGUGGAGUGUUGUUUAGACUGUACAAGGGAGCAAAAAAAUAUAAGGCCAGGCUUCUGAUGGUCUGCUAAACUAUUCCUCUUUUUUUUAUUUUUUAGAUGAAUUCAUAUUUCAACAGAGCCGACACUACAAGGACCCAAAUGUAUUUAUUAUUAUCUGUUAUGGUUUGGUAUGAACCACCAGUCUACUACAAUCUUACAAAAACCUCCCAGUCUGCUGCUGUCUCUCUCACAGUCCUUGCCGCAACUGAUGUGAGGUCACCCAGCUACAGGAAGCCAGCGGCAUCUUCCCCUGGACAUAGACAUUUCACAGAGGUUUUAAAAAGUCUUACCCUGAACCCUCUUACUUCUGAAACUGUGAACGGCUCCAUCUGACUGUUCCAGCUCCUCUAGCUAUCGGUGUUUCCAUUCUUGUAGCCUUCUGUUGGAUCUGUGGAUGUAUUUAUACUGAACUCUAUUCCUCUCCAGAAUCAUCAUCAUCAUGUGUCUCUCUCUUCCUUUUCAUUCUCUAGGAGUGUCUCUAUGUCAGCCAACUUUCCCAUCCUAGUUUUUCCUCUGAGAAUCGUUUUUUUUUUUUUUACAUCACUUUACUUAUUUAAAACGUCACGUUUGAGAAAAAAGCACUUUAUCUGUACCUUGGUGGCCUGCUGUAAACUCCCUGUCCGAAACACUAUUGUGAGAUUACAGCCCUAACAGGCAGCAGGGGAGUUCAGAAGUCUUUGUGGUUGACUAUCUAUGGCCUUGGAGAUACAACAAAAAAAAAAAGAAAAGAAAAAGUCUUUUUUUUUUUUUUCCUUUAAAUAAUUGUACGAUAUCGGGGACACCAGACACGGAUGGUUGUGUACACUGAACACUUGCAUUGACAUGGUGUGUUUCUGUCUCUCUCGCUCUCACUACAAAUAUUCAGGUUUUAAAGGAGAAUUUAGCACUUUUUAAACCUGGACCCAGAUGUUUUUUGCAUAGUUAGGGGUUUCUGAAGUUUAGGAAUUGCACCUAAAGAUAACGUCAAGCGGCAACAAUGAAACAGGAAGAAUUGGCUGUAUUAUAAUCCUUGCAGGGAAAUUUGCCUGAUCAAACCCACUCAGAGUUCUUGUAUUUAUCUAAGGCUAAGGCUGUUUUUCUAAGAUCUUCCACAGAGAUGGAUGACUGUAUACUUCCUCUUUAAACAAAAAAGUUACUGCUGAAUCAUGCUCCUCAAAGGCACCAAACCCCACUGAUAAAUACUGGGAUUUUAAAUUGAAGAACCUCAGAACUGCUCAUCAAAUGCAGCCUCAUCUAGCCAGGUUUUUUUGUGCUGUUUUGUUGUGUUUGUGUGAGGUAACAUUUCAAACCAAAAUUUGUGCAAAAAGAAAACCAAGUAGACAGAAAAAGCAACAGUAAGAAGUGGCACGGAUAGUCUGUAUUGUGGACAGUAAAAUGAGUGUUUUUGUUAAUGGGGUUUGGUUGCUUUAAAGCAGAGUUAGGGUGCUUGUGGUCUCAAAGUUUGUCACACUUUAACAAACAGGUCUGUCUCUGUAGGGACCCUUAUUAAAAUGUAGUGGCAAAAAAAUGAGACCUUAUGGGUAAUGUAGUUCGAUCAGGCACAUUUUUCCCAUUGCAGCCUUUCCAAUUCUGUUUCAGUACAGCAGGCUGAAACCUCCAGUGAACUGACUCCAAUUCAUCAUUUCAACCUCAAAAUAUGUCAAAAGAGGGCCCAGGUUUAAAAAUAUCCCUUUUAAAUGUCCACCAGAGAAACAUGGGUGAACAGAUGUGUCAAAGCCUCUUAUGCAUUUUCAGUCAAAGCUUUAUUGGUGACAUUGGGAGAAGAUGAAAUUUCAACAUGCUGUAAGAAUACUGUGAAUUCAGCGGCUGAGUGUGCUGAACAGAAGCUCGCUGCCACUCGCAGGCUGCAGAUAUUGAGUCAUCCGGCUGAAGCAGACCGUAACGCUGACCUUUAGUGAUCUUUCUGUUGAAAGCAGCACUGUUAGAAUAGAGGGUGGAGGGGCAGUGAAGCUAAGAGACCACAUAGAGGUCCGUAUUAAAAACUCACUGAAGAUUGCUCACAACCAACCAGGCGUCUCCUCUCUGCCUGUUUGGGAACACAAAGUUCAGCGCGCUCAAUGAGAGGCGUGUGUUUAUAAGGGGAGGCAGGUAACACACUCCUGCUGUGAUAAUCUUUGGUUUGACUGUUUGCUGUCAAGCUUGGCUACUUUCCAUGCAGCCUUACACACCGAGUAGUGGGAGAGUCUAAAUGUACGUAUGCCUGCAGAGGAAAUGGUCGUCAGGAUUUUCCUGUGUGUGAGCAACAUGGCGAUCUACUGUUGCCCACGUUGGUCAAUGUUAUUGGCUACUUUUUUUGUUUUCCUUUUUUUACAUGUACUGUACAUAAAAUAAAAUAUAAAGCAAUAAUGUG